AUGGGAAGUAUCUCCAUAGGAAACCAAACUGUCACCGAGUUUGUACUUCUUGGCUUCCAUGAAGUCCCUGGACUACACCUCCUGUUCUUUUCUGUUCUCACCAUGAUCUAUGCCUCCAUCAUCACAGGGAACAUGCUCAUUGUAGUGGUGGUGGUCAGCUCCCAGAGGCUUCACUCACCCAUGUAUUUUUUUCUGAUGAACCUGUCCUUCAUUGAGAUACUCUAUACCUCCACAGUGGUGCCCAAAAUGUUGGAGGGCUUCCUACAGGAGUCUGCCAUCUCUAUGGCUGGCUGCUUGUUUCAGUUCUUCAUCUUUGGCUCUCUAGCUACAGAUGAGUGUUGUCUUUUGGCUGUGAUGGCAUAUGAUCGCUACCUAGCAAUCUGUCAUCCCCUACGAUACCCACUCCUGAUGGGACCUCGAUGGUGUCUGGGGUUGGUGCUCACAGUCUGGCUGUCUGGCUUCAUGGUAGAUGGACUAGUUGUUGCUCUGAUGGCCCAGCUGAGAUUCUGUGGCCCCAACCAAAUUGACCACUUUUACUGUGAUUUCUCACCUUUGAUGGUCCUGGCCUGCUCAGAUACUGGAGUGGCCCAGGUGACUACAUUUGUUCUCUCUGUUGUCUUCCUGACUGUCCCUUUUGGGCUGGUUCUGGUCUCCUAUGCUCAGAUUGUGAUGACUGUGCUGAGAGUUCCCUCUGGGUCCAGAAGAACAAAGGCUUUCUCCACAUGCUCCUCUCACCUGGCUGUGGUGUCCACAUUCUAUGGAACACUCAUGGUCUUGUACAUUGCGCCCUCUGCUGUCCAUUCUCAACUCCUCUCCAAGGUUGUUGCCCUGCUCUACACAGUGGUCACGCCCAUUUUCAACCCUGUCAUCUAUACCUUGAGGAAUCAGGAGGUGCAUCAGGCAUUAAGAAGGCUUCUCUACUGCAAAGCAACUGACAUGUGA